UCAUGCGUUAUAAGCUGUUAUAAGCUCUUGCAUGACGAUCGAUCUCGUCACGGAUUCAGACUGACCUACCCUUAAUGAUAUUAACAAAUAUCGGGAUGGAUAUACGCAUGCUCGCUCCUUCCUUCCCUUCAGGAACUGCAUCACGUAGGGAUAAUGCUUUGCAAGUGGCACCGCGGCGGCAAAUGCAGUUCGCGUGGGCUCGCCACCCCUUCGGCGCUUUUUGCAUGUAAUCCGGAAUCGAGAACGAGGUGGUGUGUUUUAUGCGACAUGGCAGAAAUGAAGGAGCAUGAUAGAACUACAUUAUGUUUCUUAUUGAUAUUCGCGCUGUGCACGAGAGUAUAUUCGACAGACGCCAGGCAUAUAAUUACCAAGAGAAAUUACAGCGAUCAAAGUGUGAGAGGCUAUCUAGCAGAGAGAACCUGUUGGUGGAAUGAAGUGUGCAAGGAGGAAUUUCACAGUAAGUUCCGAUGUCGUUGCCCGAGAUGGUCCUAUUGCCGUGCACCAGGAAGAUAUUACGAUGCACACUGCAGCAUGACUCGCACAGGCUACAUAUGGACCCAACCGGAAACGUCGCUGAGCCUGGAAAUCGAUAAAUAAACACGACGCUAUGAAGUAUCAACUCUGCGAAAAGAAUGGCAAUACAAAGGAAAUCAAAUCUCUCUCCCUUUCUCUCUCUCUCUCUCUCUCUCUCUUGUUCAAAAUCAAAAUCAGUGAUCAUUAGAGUUUAUGCAGAUUGUUUAUUCACCAGUUAAAAUAUGGCACAAUUGUUGGAAUGCAAUUUUCUAUUAAUAGCUUCGUUUAGGAAGGAAAUUGUAACGUUGCAUAAUACUCAGAGAAGAAUGGUUCAGAGAAUGGUUCUGCAUGCAAGACACUUGGGACAUUUGGCCCAAAGCAAUAUAAUUUAUUGUAAGCAUUAGCACAUCGACGAACAUUUACGCUGCCAAGAGUUUAUAAUUACUGUGUUAUAUGAACUCGUUGUGAUCACUAUUAAUAAAGUUCUAAAAGAAUAAAUUUUGAAU